AUGACGACUGAGAGGGAACAACUAUCCCGUCUGGUGAAGCAAUGGAACGAGAACCGGCUCGACCUCUUCCAUUUGACGCAGCCCACCGAGGACCUCGAGAUAGAGGGCGUGAUGAGGUUUUACUUCCAAGACGUUGGCGAGCGAGUGUCGACAAAAUGUAUUCGUGUUUCUUCCACUGCUACUACACGCGCGGUCAUCGAUGCGUUGGUGGAGAAGUUUGUUCCUGACCUGAAGAUGCUCACCGAUCCCGAAUAUUCGCUAUGGGAGGUUCAUGAAGGUGGCGAGGAACGUAAGUUGGACCUCGAGGAGAAGCCUCUCGUAGUGCAGCUUAUGUGGCAUCGGGAUGACCGGGAGGGUCGAUUUCUUUUGAAAAAACAUGGCAGCCAAUAUCUGCCGCUUUCGGCGCUCCAGCUACAUGACGACAAAGAUUCUGGUGUCCUCAAGCGCUUUUCCAAGAAGCCGGAAAAGGAAUUGAAGAAAAAGCAUCAGGGAAUCGUUUCCGUGAACGCCGGCAGAGAGGAGGACUACGCCCAAUCAGAUAUCUAUCAACAGGUUCCGGCCACCACAUUCACGCGCACCAUCUCGAACCCCGAGGUGGUUAUGAAAAAGAGGCGCGAGCGGAAGCUUGAAGCCAAGUUGAACGAGAUGGGGCAGCAAGGUGGAAGUCUGAAGGUGUAUGGCGCGGAACUCGAUGCCACGCGUACGUAUGUGACGCUGCUCGUCAGCAUGCGUGAUCGUGCUGCUCAAAUUUUGCGAGAAGCCCUAGAAAAGUACAACCUCGGCCAUCUGAAUCUCGAAGAAUUUUGUCUUGUUGAGAGCACUUCCCCACCGGAUAUCAGAAGAUCCAUGAAUGAUCUAAAUGUGGUGGAGCAUGGCUCGGAACGACUACUCCACCCCGACGAGUGCCCUUUGAUCACGAUCGCCAACCGGCCACCCGGUGCUCCGGAGGUCUUUUUCCAUAUCCGGCGACGCCCCAGUCAUUAUAAUCGCAUUUCGAACGCAUCUAGUGACAUCAGUCGCGGGCUGCCUUCCAGGGGGUUUGCCACGGAUCCUGCGUUUGUUCUUCAAACGGCCGAUGGUUCUCGAGGUGUCGUGCUACCAGUGAUGGAUGGUGUGACCGAGGUCGGGUCCGACAAAUAUUUGGCUGAAUUCUCGCCGCAAAACAUUAUCCUUGGCGCUACUGGUGUGCACGGACGGCAUUGUGUCAUCAACUUCGAGCAGGGUGUCGUGACUCUGACGCCAAGUGCAGCGGAUGCAUAUAUUGAGGUAAACGGCCGCCCGAUCGCCCAGACGGCCAUCCUAAACGAGGGAGAUUUGAUUCGAUUGGGUCCUGAAUGCUUGCUGCGAUAUGUCCAUUCUAAGGCACACGCCGACCAUUUGCCCCCGCCGUCUUUUUCACAUCAGCUGCAGCAACGAAGACUAUCCGGCUCCUCGAUGGGCUCUACCACCCGGGCAAGCCAGGCUGAAGCCGAAUCGGCAAACCCUGGCUAUGAGACCCCGCAGAUAGCGCAACAAAUGACUAACAUCCCCCAGGGCCCACCUAUGUCCAUUCAAGUCGGCGACUACAAAGUCUGGGAUUUUCUUAAUGAGGUGCUCUCCCACGGCAGCGAAGAAUCUUUCCGGCUGGCCCCAUCUUUCGCCCUGUAUUUGGCCCUGCGCUUCUUCCACACAAACCACAAGCCCUACCUCGUCCAAUUCAUCUCUCGCAUCGCCUCGCAGUUGGCUCAGAGAACUCAGGAAUGCGACAAGGCCGAAGAACUGCUUUUCUGGUUGGCCAAUGCUAGCGAGCUCUCCUUCCUCGUCGACAGCGACUGCGAGAUUCGCCCGCUUGCACAGCAACAGGGUGCAUCCCUUUCCGCGUGUGUCGAGCCCCUCCUCCGCAAAACUGUGGACGUUCUGACGGAGAAAUUGCUGCAAGCCCCGGAAGUGUUUUUCGAUGAGAACGUCUCCGACGAGCAAGCUACAAACAUUGUCAUCACCGUGCUCGAUGCUUUUGUGAGGUCCGCAAGAAGUGUUCGGCUGAAUGCGGCAUUGACGAUUCAGAUUGCUAGUCGGCUACUUCAUAUUCUUAACGCGACGCUAUUCAACGCACUGAUCGGAAAGCAACAAUUUAAGCCCCGGCUUACCCAUUCUCUCGGCGAACGGCUGAAGCCGCGAAUCGGCUACCUCAUGGCGUGGGCUGACCGAAACGGACUUGAGCUGGCCGCUGAAUGCCAGCUACACACGAUCACGCAGGCGUCCUCCUUCCUGGCGGCACCAAAGACCGACAUCGAAGAGAUGGGUGCAUGUUGCGAUAAGCUGAAUAGCGCUCAGGUUAAACGGCUGUUCGACUUGUACUUUGUUGGGGAGAACGAGCCGCCGCUUGAGGAGGAGGUCGUGCAGGCCGUCAUUGGCGUUGCCGAGCGGCAUGGCGACACCCUGUCGAAGAAUCUCGAAGAGUCCACCAACUUUGGGCUGCCGUUUUUGAUGCCAACCGAGGGUUAUGUUACAGAGCAUCUUCGCGGCGCCCCUGAACCCUUGCUCGCCUACAUUUUACGCCUACAACAACGUGGGCUUCUACAUCAGGCCGCCACCCUCGACCCACGAUCCACUUGGCUUGUCCGCCAGCCGACCACCAAUGGCAUCGGCGCCAUUCAACAACAGCCCAUCACGGCCCCGAAACCGCAGCCACCCCCACAACUACACAAUAUCGUCCAGCCUGGGCAUUUCGGCGACAGCACCGCCAGCUCGUACAGCGGUGGUGGAGCUUCGGGAUAUGGUGGCCAGAAAUGGUUCCCGGAAGAAAUUGUGCGUGUUUCGUUGACCCGAGGACCGGGAGGGAUUGGAUUGUCGAUUGUGGCUGGGCAGGGAAAUGGCGACCCAUGCGUCGGAAUCUACGUCAAGAAGGUAAUCGACGGAGGCAACGCAGCUCUUGACGGUCGCCUAGCCGUUGGCGAUCAACUCCUAUCUGUAAACGGAAUUCCGUUGAUGGGCAUCACACAAGAAGAUGCGGCUUCAAGGAUGGCUCGUGCCGGCCCGAAUGUCUGUUUCGAAGUGCGGAAGGGAGCGGCUCAGGCGAACGGGUUGGCCCACUGGCUGAACGCGCCCACCACCCCGAAUAUGGGCUCCACCCAUCAACCACUGCCAAUGCCCUCUCAACAACCUGGAUAUCAGCACUUCCCCAAGCAGCCGUCGUAUGUGCAGAAACAACCUGGCGUCCGUGUGCCUCAACAGCUUGCUGAACCACCGCGGCACCAGCGCAGCAACUCGGCGUCGGAUUUGUAUUCUCAUGAUCCGAACGUCUCGAUCUCGGGCCGCUCGAUUUGCUCGUCCGAUUUCGCGCCAGCUGGUGCGGGCGGAACCACGCGGCUCCCGUCUCGAUACCGUCCGACCGUUAUCCAACCAGGCCGCUCGUCUUCGGGCGCGCAAAGCCCUUCGGCGCUGCGCAAGGGAGCCCCAAGCCCCACCGGAUUGUACAGGCCGCCCUCUGAAGUGCCGAUGGCUCGGCCGAGCAGCAUCAACGAUCAGCUCAUUCAGCCAAGACCCCAGCAACCACCGCCAGUUAUGGAACGGCCUCCGAAAUUUGUAUCGUCUCCCCAUCAUCAACAACAACCAUCCACCUCAUCCAACCAUCCGCUCGACCCGAUUGCCGUUCCAAUUUUCCGAGCGCAGUCGUCGGGUCUUCAACACCCACCACCCCCGGUCGCCCAAUCAUCACCACGGAUGUCCUCCGGCGGACCCCACAUCUACAGCCCCAUCGCUGAGCCGCCGCUCGACCGGGAUAACUAUGCGAACUUGCCGCUUCAUCGACCCCAACAAGCGCCACCCAGUCCCGAUCCGAACAGCCACUACCGUAGCCCGAGAGACUUGGAUUUGACGAGACCCCCGAUGCCGGGCUCUGGAUCUCGGCCCUUCUCCUACACUCAGGGCGCUCCGGCCGUGCAAUUGGUGAAAAAGGAGCCAGCAAUCGUCAGGCCGUUGGAGCCGAAUAUGGCGGCCAAUCGUCAGCCCGAAUCCCGGACGACAACUUUCGGGGUCACUGGUGCCGUGCCCACACCACUCGUAGCCCUGCAGCAGAACGGUAAACAGCUGAAGCCGGUGAUCCGCAACGACCCACUGACCGCACUCGAUCGUGACGUGCGCAACUUGGACAAUAUGAGCCGUCACAACAUCUCGAUGGAGCUGGACCUGCUGGAGAUGAAGGGCAUCAACAUGAGCGACGGUGAGCAGAUGCGCUACCGGCAAUUGCUGGAUGAGAAGGCGGCAGAGCGACGAGACCCCCAGCCGCGGCAGGUGCGCCAUGAAACUGUCAUUGAUGAUGUUGAUCCACGCCAUGCUUAUCAGCUGGAAACGUCUCCACUUCGCUUGCCUCAGCAAUACAUUCAAGACAUUGAACCCGCCGACAGCCCAGCUAUCACGGGCUCCCAUGAGGUCUACAGAGAUCCGAGGACCCGCCGCUUGAACGAGAUCCAGGCCCAGAAUAUUCAGCCAUCGGUCGAUGGCGCCCACCUCGGCUUUCAAGACAAGAUGAAGCUGUUCGCCAAGCAGAUCGGCGAGAGCACCCCAAAGGACCGCGCCAAGGAAAGCUCGGCGCAGCGCCAAAUCGAACGAGAC